GGUGCCUCCGGCAUGGGUGUCUCCAAAGUUUGAGGCCGCCGGGGCUCAUUCUCUGCAGAUGGAACUCCGCUUCUUGAGGCCUUCGGAUGUGCAAGCAGACCAAGACCAGGACUCCAUGGCCGCACGCGGGGACUGCGCUCUUGCGCUUCGCGGCGAUCCGGGCCUUUUUCUCGUUUGUCGGCUCUUUGUAGGCUCAGCAUUUGGGCAGAUCGAGCACACCUUCCAAGACGAGACAACGGCAGUUUGUAGCAAACCGAUCUGCUUCAUUCGCGACCAGAUAAAUGAGAAG